CAUGUUUUGAGAGACAAUUUUUUUUGUUUUCACUGAAGCUUCAAGAGUCCACUUUCGUGCGACAAUCUUUUUUUUCUUUCUUAGAAUUCAGCUUACUUCUUCGGUGUUUGAUGUCCGAAUGCCUUCGAAACAAAGAAAUUUCCCCCUGCGUAUAUACGUCCCGUUUUAACCUACCGGAGUUGAAUGAAAUUCUUGCCAACCUUCAAAGGAAUUUCCUACGCCAUAAACUGUGCCAUUUUUCCUCGCCACAUCUUGAUAUAAUUUUUAAAACGCACUGCUGGACAUUUCUUCACUGAGGACCGGUUCAGCAUGGCGGAGCCGAACUUGAAGAUGUCGACUGUCGACUACAUUGUUGUGGCUCUGUUCAUGUUGGUGACACUCGUCAUCGGAUUAUUUGCUUCUUGGAAAUCCUCCAAGAGCAUGACGAGUAAAGACAUGGUCAUACACAAAGGAAUGUCACUGCCGAGCGUCGUUUUAAGUUUGACAGCGACAUUUCUUUCGGCGAUUUUGCUUGUCGGAACCCCUGCUGAAGUGUACGCUUACGGCAUUGAAUGGCUGGUAGUUUGCCUGGGUUACAUACUCGCGUUGCCAAUCGCGGUUUUUACAGCGGUACAAACACUAUACCCGCUCGAAAUCUCCAGUAUUUUUGAGUAUUUCCAGUUGAGAUUUGGGGGCAGAAGCGUGAGAUCCAUGGCCGCGUUUUUGUACGCUGCUGUGAUGAUGUUCUACUCUGGAACAGCACUUUAUGCCCCAAUCAUCGCAAUUGCAUCAAUUACGGAUGUUCCUGAAUGGGCUGGAAUCUUAAUCGCUGGCUCCAUUUGCACACUUUACACUGCCGUGGGAGGAGUAAGAGCUGUGAUUUGGGUGGAUUCAUUCCAGUUUCUAGUCAUGCUUGGGUCUGCCGUCGCUCUGGCAGGAUUUGGGUCCAGCUUGGUUGGAGGAGUUCAUCAAGUCAUCCAAAUUUCCAAAAAGUUUCACAGGACGAAUUUAUUUGAGGCAGUGGCACUAAAUGUGCCCAGCAUGAUAAUGCUGACAGCUUUGGCUUGCUAUUGUGGACUAGUGGUUUUUGCCAACUAUGCGUAUUGCGACCCGUUGUUGGUGGACCCGAGUAGAAAAACUGACCAGAUUGUUCCGCUGUUUCUGGUUGACAAAAUGCGGGGAUUCAUUGGGCUUCCUGGACUCUUCAUCGCUGGCAUCUUCAGUGGAGCACUUAGCUCCGUGUCAUCAGCAUUGAACGCUUUGGCGGGGAUUGCGUGGGAGGAUGGAUUGAAGCUGACUGUUUGGGGUAAAAAGGCUGACGAAUCUCAGAAACUUGUUGCCAUUCGGCUUCUUGGGAUUACUUUCGGGAUUUGGGCGAUUUUUCUGGCUUUCAUCUGCAGCGUAAUCGGCUCUACUCUGUUGGAAAUCAAUGUGACGUUGAACACCACCUUAUGCACACCUUUGAUCAUGAUGUUCUUCUCGUCUCAAUUCAUGCCGUUUGUCAAUAAGCCGGUCAGUUCCUUCUCAAAAUAG